GGACUGGCGCCUUCAUUUUUGCGGUAACAAGUAAAUUUCUCCCCACUGAAUUCUCCUUCCCUUCCCUUCCCUUCCCUUCCAUUCCCUGCUGAAAUGUAAAUAUUCUCUACUCCUGGUCUGCGUUGAACUAGAAAACCCCAAAAAGAAACAAUGAAAGACGGAGCAGAUAUUGGGCAAAAGGGGAAACUGGCCUCCAAAAAAGCCAUAUCUUAUUCCCAUUUUAGUGUCGUCCUCCUGCUCUGUACCCUCAGACUAAAGAGAUACCCCCCAAUUUAUUCUUCUUCCUUUUCUCCUGUGGUGAUUUCUUCCCUUUGAUCACGGCGUCUCCUCCCGUGGCCGGCCCAAGCAAUCCUCUCCUUCGCAAGCAGGUGACUAGCUAAUUGCGGGACGCUAAGCUAUUGUUCUACAAUUGACUUGGAGUUUCAUCCCAUCGAUUUUAAUUUUUCUUAGGGUUUCAUCUUGACUUGGAGUUUGGAUCGAACAGCUAAUUGAUUUUGUGGACAGAGAUUGAUCGGAUGGUGAGGGGGAAAGUGGAGCUUCGGAGGAUCGAGAACGCGGCGAGCCGGCAGGUGACCUUCUCCAAGCGGAGGAGCGGGCUGAUGAAGAAAGCUCACGAGCUGUCCGUACUGUGCGAUGCCGAAAUCGCAGUCAUCGUCUUCUCCCAGCGAGGGAGGCUCUCCGAGUUCUCCAACCACGAAAUGCAGAAGACGAUCUCAAGGUACCAAAAGUAUGCAGCAGUGGGAGUGGACAAGCUGAAGGAUACAGAUUAUCACAGCUUUCAGCAACUGAAGCAAGAAUCCGCUUCUAUGGCCAAGAAGAUUGAGCAGCUUGAGGCCUCCAGAAGGAAGCUUUUGGGAGAACAAUUGGGGUCGUGCUCCCUGGAAGAGAUCCGAAACAUAAGCGAGCAGUUGGAGAGAAGCUUAGCAAACAUUCGACUCAGAAAAGAUGAGAUGUUCAUGGAGCAGAUGAAGCAACUAAGGUUACAGGAAAGGGAGUUGCUACAACAGAAGGAAACUUUAUGUGAAAAGUGUAGUGGGAAUCCACGGGAACCGUCGAGACGAGCUGGGACAGAAAACGAGGUGGCGGCAGCGGCAGCGGCGGGAAGCAGCGUGGGACUGAGCAAUGAAAGUUCGACGGUGGAGACGACAUUGUCCAUCGGACUCCCCACAGCACCACGUUGGGACUUAAAUUAGAUUUCCACUACAUACGGUAGUUUAGUUACGAGUUACCAUCACUCAUAUACUGGAUGAGUAGAUCAUUAAUAAGGGACGGCGCUCCCCGGGAAAGUAAAUUGUAACAGGCCAAUAUGGCCGGCGGACGGCGGCUGGAGAAUACAAAGCAGAAAGAAAUUGUAUACACCAGUGAUCCGUUGUAGGGAUGGCAAAUUACCCACCCAUGGAUAAUUAUACCCAAACCCAAGUAGACCUAUUGAUAAUGGGUUGGGUAUGGGUGAAGUGCAUAUAGAUUUGGGGGUUUAUAAAUAGAGUUGUUAAUC